CAGAAGCGGAACCGACGCUCCGGGCAAGAUGUGGAAAGCCGUAGUGGGCCACAACGUGUCCGCAAAGGUGGAGACCCAAGAAGACGAUUGGGACACUGACCCGGAUUUUGUGAAUGACAUUUCGGAGAAGGAGCAGCGCUGGGGGGCUAAGACAAUCGAAGGCUCUGGCCGUGCAGAACAUAUCAACAUCCACCAGCUCAGAAGCAAGGUAUCUGAGGAACAUGAAGUUCUCAAGAAGAAGGAGCUGGAGAUGGCACCCAAAGCUUCCUAUGGCUACGGGGGCAAGUUUGGAACCGAGAAGGACCGCAUGGACAAGAGUGCCCUGGGCCAUGAGUAUGUUGCCGAGGUCGGCAUGCACUCUUCCCAGACAGACGCAGCCAAGGGCUUUGGUGGAAAGUACGGCAUUCAGAAGGACCGAGCAGAUAAGUCCGCGCUUGGGUUUGACUACAAAGGAGAGGUAGAUGUACACACCUCUCAAAAAGACUAUGCCGUUGGGUUUGGCGGGAAGUACGGUGUCCAGAAGGAUCGUCAAGACAAGUCCGCCCUGGGUUGGUCCCACAAAGAAGAAGUCAAGCCCCAUGAAUCUCAAACAGACCAUGCCGUUGGAUUUGGUGGGAAGUAUGGCGUGCAGAAGGACCGCCAAGACAAGUCUGCCUUGGGAUGGGCCCACAAGGAAGAAGUCAAGCCCCAUGAAUCUCAAACAGACCAUGCCGUUGGGUUUGGCGGGAAGUAUGGUGUCCAGAAGGACCGCCAAGACAAGUCUGCCCUGGGAUGGUCCCACAAGGAAGAAGUCAAGCCCCAUGAAUCUCAAACAGACCAUUCUCAAGGCUUUGGAGGCCGUUAUGGGGUGCAGAAAGACAGAGUGGACAAGAGCGCUGCUGGUUUUGGUGAAAUGGAAGCUCCCGUUUCCUCGUAUCAGAAGACAAAACCUGUAGAAGCUACUUCUGCUGGGAUGGGUAACUUGAGACAACGCUUUGAAAACAUGGCCAAGACAGCAGAGGAAGAGAAGAGGAAGAAGGCAGAAGAGGAACGAGCACGUUGCCAGGCCCGGGAACUUCAGGAAACCCAAGAGAAGUCAAAGGAAAUGAAGAAGAGUGAAGAGCGAGAUUGGAGCCCUCCAUCGGUGCCUGGACACGGGCCCCUAAAGGGCAGCCUGCCUCCUCUGCCUCCCCAACACCAGGAAGAAGAGGAAGAGGAUGAGCCUCCUGUCCUUCCUCCACGGGGCCUGGACUUGCCAGGUGACCCCAGAAGAGAACUUCCUCUCCCACCUUCUGGCCACCAAGGACAGGAGCAGCCCCUCUAUACGGAAAGUGUCGAGGAUGGAGGUGAUUAUGAGGAGGUGAUUGGAAACGUGGAUUACGAGGAACCUCCUGUCUUGGCUGAUGACGACGACAGAGGGGAUUAUGAGGAAAUGCCAGACCACAAGGACACCUCCAAAGAUGACGGUGCUGUGGUGGACCAGGAAUAUGAGGAACUCUGCGGUGGCCAGCCUGGAGGAACGACUUCUUCAGGUGUUGAAGAGCAUAUUUAUGAUGUGAGUGAAGGAAGCCUAUCUGCCCUGGCCCUCUAUGACUAUCAAGGAGAGGGGGAAGAUGAGAUUUCCUUUGACCCUGGAGACAUCAUCACAUCCAUCGAACAGGUGGAUGAGGGCUGGUGGCGCGGAUCUUGCCAUGGUAGAGUUGGCCUAUUCCCCGCUAACUAUGUGGAGCUCCUUCCGUGAAGUUCUGCCCAAGAGCAGGCACCCAUCCCUUUGCUUCUCCAGUACCCUCAUACUUGCCACGUGACACCACAAACCACAACCCUGCCCCGAUGUAGGGGAAGUGGAGAAGUGGACCUACUCUCUCUUCCGUGGAACAGUCCGAUGCUUCUCCUUCCUGGAGCCGUUGUACAUCCCCAGGAUCUGUCUUCCUGCUUUUCUGGUCAUGCGGUGAUCUCUGAACCUAUUCAGGCCGCACCUGGUUUGUUUAAUCUCCGUCAGUGGAUCCCCACAACCUCCCCGCGCCCAAUCUUUCUGGGACUCCUAAGUCCAUCUUGGCUAAGUCACUCAGGGACCAAGAGAAAACAGGCACGAAAGCUCCGUGGAGUUAGAAGGAUGGAGAUUAGUUCUGUUCGUGCAGGUUGUCCUUCCCUCACAGGGGUGGGCUUCCAACCAUUUUACCAAAGGGUUCCCCGCCCGGUUUCUGGGUGGGCGUGACCAUGGUGGGAGUGGCCUCCUUGGCCUCCUGCACCAUGUUGUUGGUGGGGGCACUUUUGCCCUUCCCAGGCUCCUGAGGUUUUCCUUGAGCCCCCAGGAGGACGACAACUGCCUCCCUGGACUCUGGAGGCUCCCUGGAAGCUGGAAAAGGGCCCAAUUUCUGCCCUGCCUGAACUUCCAGGAGCCCCCCCCCUUUUUUUGGCCCCCUUGAACCUCCCUGCAUGCCCUCCUGCGCUUAUCUGCAUCCAAAAUGGACCCCAUGGAGACUCCGGGGAGGGGAGGAGUUGGUGGGUCAAGCCAGGAGUGUUAUUUGGGGGUUCUCUGAACUGCACAGAGUCUUAGCCAGGGGCUCCCCUGAACCCCUGCGAACCCCCAGCAGCCCAUUCCCGCUUACAACUUUUCAUUUAGCAACUAAAGUUUCAAUGGCAGCCCAAAAAAGGGAUGAUCCUUGCAUCUAUGACUAUCACAGACUCCCCACAGGGGCUGCUCUUCUGCUUUUGGGCAGGCGCCCCAAAAUAGGCUUCCGGCAUCUCUGAAUGUUGGGUGUGAAACUAUGGAAAGCUCUGCUUAACCUUUCACGUCUGUCUCUCUUUCCCCAACUUGGACCGAACCCCCACUGUUGGUGCUCACACCCCGCUAAUUCCCGAUCCACACGCCUGGUGGGAAGCAGACCUUCUGGCCACUGAUCCUCAUAGCUGGCACUCCUGCCUGUGGCAAACAGAGGAAGAGUCAUAUUAAACCAUCAGCAACGUUAAACUUAUUUAAAUCCAAAGGGGUUUCAUUUCCCAGUUACGUGUCCGUGUAUGAGAUGACAUCCAAUCUGCAAAUUUAUAGCUACUAAAUGCAAUGGGGAAUCUGUUGAUCUUACUGGUUAGUUCAAUUGAAGCGUUAUCAUUUGUUGGAAGGAAAAUCCAUCUCGUUCAUUUCCAAGCUGGGAGAAAGACGCCGGAAACAACAUGGAGGCUGAUUGGAAAGGAAGUUUAUCGAUGGACAGAACCAACAACAUGCGGUUCUGGGUCAGCUGAACAAUUAGCUAGAUGAGUGUCAGGAUUUUUAUACAGAUCCUGAAAUG